AUGCGUCCUCUCCUGUUGUGCGCUGUGCUCCUAGGAGCUCUUUUAGCAGAUGCUGCACCCUCUGAUGAUGAGAUCAAAUACUUGCCGGGGCUGAGAAAGCAGCCAUCUUUCCGCCAGUUCUCAGGCUACUUGGAUGUGCCUGGAGGAAAACAUCUCCACUACUGGUUUGUAGAAUCUCAGAAAAAUCCCAGCUCUAGUCCUCUGGUCUUAUGGAUGAAUGGAGGUCCUGGUUGUAGCUCACUGGAUGGCUUGCUGACAGAACAUGGCCCCUUUCUGAUCCAGCCAGAUGGAGUAUCACUUGAGUACAAUUCUUAUUCCUGGAACAAGAUUGCUAAUGUUCUGUACCUUGAGGCUCCAGCUGGCGUGGGCUUCUCUUACUCUGAUGACAAAAAUUAUAAGACCAAUGACACAGAGGUUGCACAUAACAACUAUUUGGCUUUGAAGAAAUUUUAUACACUUUUCCCAGAAUACAGCGCAAACGAUCUUUACAUCACAGGUGAAAGUUAUGGUGGUGUGUAUGUUCCGUCCCUGGCUGUUCAGGUGUCACAAGAUUCCACUAUAAACCUCAAGGGAAUUGCUGUUGGCAAUGGAUUAAGUAGUUAUGAAAUUAAUGACAAUUCCUCUCAUCUACUUUGCCUAUUACCAUGGAAUAGUGGGUAGCAACCUUUGGUUGGAGCUGCAGAAAUUCUGUUGUCAAGGAGGGAAUUGUCAAUUCUACAAUAACGCAGAUACAAACUGCUCCCUACGGGUCCAAGAAGCCAUGCAUGAUGUAUACAGUACAGGGCUAAACAUUUACAAUCUGUAUGAGGCAUGUGCCGGAGGAGCCCCUGGAGAGGUUCGGGAUAAAGGAGACCACAUUGCUGUGAAUUUCCCAGGGCUACUGUCCCCACACAUGCAUGCUCCCUUCAGUAAGAAGUUGCUUCUUAUAUCAGAUCUCAAUAAACCUGUGAGAUUGGACCCUCCUUGUGUGAACAGUACAGCUUCCAGCAACUUCUUGAAUGACCAAUAUGUGAGGAAGGCAUUGCAUAUAUCUCCUAAUGUCAAUAAAUGGGAGGUUUGCAGCUUUGAGGUUUAUCGAAACUAUGGUCGGAUAUAUGAGAGCAUGAAGGACCUCUACAUGAAGCUGCUUGGUGCUAUGAAAAUACCGAAUCCUAGUAUACAAUGGAGAUGUAGACAUGGCCUGCAACUUCUUGGGUGACCAGUGGUUUGUGGAUUCCCUGCAACAGAAGUUGCUAGUACAGCGUCGGCCAUGGCUUUUCAUUGAUGGAGACAAGCAGCAAAUUGGUGGAUUUGUGAAGGAGUUUUCCAACCUGACCUUCCUUACCAUAAAGGGAGCUGGACAUAUGGUGCCAACUGACAAGCCAAGCUCUGCCUUUAUCGUGUUCAGCCGCUACAUCAACAAUGAGCCAUUUUAA